AUGUCGCGCAAGCAAGUGGACGGCCGCAUCCAGGCACUGAUACGAAAUGGACAGCAGGAAAAGAAGAGGAGUUUCUUCGUGGUGGUAGGCGACCAUCCCAAGGAUGUGAUUGUCAACCUGCACUUCAUCAUGUCGAGGGAGAAUAUGAAGCAGAACAAGUCUGUGCUGUGGGCGUACAAGAACAAGCUCCUCGGGUUCACGAGCCACCGGCAGAAGCGCGAGCAGAAGAUCAAGAAGGAGAUCAAGAGGGGGAUACGCGAGGCCAACACGGAGGACGCCUUCGAGCUGUUCGUGUCGCUGCACAACAUCCGGUACUGCUACUACAAGGAGACGGACAAGGUGCUGGGCAACACGUUCGGCAUGUGCAUCCUGCAGGACUUCGAGGCCGUGACGCCCAACAUCCUGGCGCGGACGGUCGAGACGGUCGAGGGCGGCGGCCUGGUGAUCCUGCUGCUCAAGGGCAUGAGCAGCCUGAAGCAGCUGUACGGGCUGUCGAUGGACGUGCACUCGCGGUACCGGACCGAGGCGCACAGCGACGUGGUGGCGCGCUUCAACGAGCGGUUCCUGCUGUCGCUCGGCAGCUGCGACUCGUGCCUGGUCAUCGACGACGAGCUCAACGUGCUGCCCAUCUCGGGCGGCAAGGACGUCAAGGCGCUGCCGCCGCCGGACCUGGACCAGGCCAGGUCGGCCGGGGACGUGGCGCUCGACGCCGUCCGGGACGAGCACGCCGACCGCCAGCCGGUCGGGUCGCUCAUCUCGCUGGCCCGCACCGUCGACCAGGCCAGGGCCCUGCUGACCUUUACCGACGCCAUCGCCGAGAAGACGCUGCGCAGCACCGUGGCCCUGACGGCCGCCCGAGGCCGCGGCAAGUCGGCCGCCAUGGGCGUCGCCGUCGCCGCCGCCGUCGCCUACGGCUACAGCAACAUCUUCAUCACCUCCCCCACGCCGGAGAACCUCAAGACCCUCUUCGAGUUCGUCUUCAAGGGCUUCGACGCCCUCGGCUACGCCGACCACGCCGACUACUCCAUCAUCCAGAGCACGAACCCGGACUUCAACAAGGCCAUCGUCCGCGUCAACAUCCACCGCCAGCACCGCCAGACCAUCCAGUACAUCCGCCCCCAGGACGCCCACGUCCUCGGCCAGGCCGAGCUGCUCGUCAUCGACGAGGCCGCCGCGAUCCCCCUGCCCCUCGUCCGCAAGCUGAUGGGCCCCUACCUGGUCUUCAUGGCCUCCACGAUCAACGGCUACGAGGGCACCGGACGCUCCCUCUCGCUCAAGCUCAUCAAGCAGCUGCGCGACCAGUCCUACGCCGCGGCGGCGGCGGGUGGCGGCGGAGACGGCGAGACGGUGCUGACGGACCGAUCCACGGGCAAGGCGUCCAGGUCGACGGGCGAGCUCACGACGGGCCGCAAGCUGCGCGAGAUCUCGCUCGACGAGCCGAUCCGCUACGCCAAGGGCGAUUCGGUGGAGAGGUGGCUCAACAAGCUGCUGUGCCUGGACGCGACGCUGCCCAAGGCCAGAUCGCGCGCCAACGGCUGCCCGGACCCCAACAGGUGCGAGCUCCUCAACGUCAACCGCGACACGCUCUUCUCGUACCACCCGGUCCCCGAGAAGUUCCUGCAGCAGAUGGUGGCGCUGUACGUGGCGAGCCACUACAAGAACACGCCCGACGACCUGCAGCUGAUGAGCGACGCGCCCGCGCACGAGCUCUUCGUGCUGGUGCCGCCGCUGGACGAGAGCUCGGGCACGCUGCCCGAGCCCCUGUGCGUGAUCCAGGUGGCGCUCGAGGGACGGAUCAGCCGGCAGAGCGUGCUCAACAGCCUGAGCAGGGGCCAGCGUCCCAACGGUGACCUGAUCCCGUGGCUGGUGUCGCAGCAGUUCCAGGACGAAAACUUCGCGUCGCUGUCGGGCGCGCGUGUGGUGCGCAUCGCGACCAACCCCGAGUAUGUGUCGAUGGGGUACGGCACCAGGGCGCUGGACCUGCUGCGCGACUACUACGAGGGCCGGUUCACCAGCCUGUCGGAGGACGACGGGGCCCUGCUCGGCGGCGAGGCGGCGACGUCGACGUCGCUGCACCGCAUGACCGAGGCCGAGCUGGCGGCCUCGUCGCUGCAGGACGCCGUGACGGUGCGCGACAAGAGCGAGAUGGCCCCGCUCUUCGCCAAGCUGCACCAGAGGCGGCCGUCGGCCCUGGACUACCUGGGCGUGAGCUACGGCAUGACGCGCGAGCUGCACCGGUUCUGGAAGCGGGCCUCCUUCGUGCCGGUGUACCUCCGACAGACGGCCAACGACCUGACGGGCGAGCACACGUGCGUCAUGGUGCGGCCGCUGGACCGCGCCGGCGACAAGAGCUGGGCGGGCGCCUUCGCGCGCGACUUCCAACGGCGCUACCUGUCGCUGCUAUCGUACCACUUCCGCUCCUUCGAGCCGGUGGCGGCCCUGAGCAUCGACGAGUCGGCCCGGUCCGGCGCAUCCCUGGACUCGGCCGCCGACCCGCCACCGCUCACGGGCGCCGAGCUGUCGCGGCACAUGACGCCCUUCGACCUGAAGCGUCUCGAGUCGUACGCCGCCAACAUGCUGGACUACCACGUCAUCCUGGACCUGGUGCCCACCAUCGCCACGCUGUACUUCACCGGCCGCCUGCGCCCGGCCGUGUCGCUGUCGGGCGUCCAGCAGACGGUGCUGCUGGCCAUCGGCCUGCAGCGGAAGGACAUGGAGACCACCGCCCCCGAGAUCAACCUGCCGAUGCCCCAGCUCAUGGCCAUGUUCAUCAAGAUCCUGCGCAAGGUGUCCAACCACCUGGCCUCGCUCGUCGCCCAGGCCGCCCAGGAAGACAUGCCGGACGCGCCGCCGCAGCUGCUCGGCGUCAGCCGGGAGGACGCCGCCGGCGUGCACGACGACGAGCCCGUCGACGACAGGUACGCCCCGCUCGAGACCAAGCUCGACGAUGAGCUCGAAGAAGGUGGUGACGAGGCCCUCAGGCAGCUCAAGCUGAAGCAGAGGGAACUCAUCGACUCGCUACCCCUUGACCAAUAUGAAAUCGAAGGUGACGCACCAGGUUGGAAAGAAGCAGAGAAGCAAGUCGCCAAGGCAUCGAGGGACGGGAAAUCCACAUUGGAAGUCUCGGUCAAGUCGUCCAAGCAGCAGAAGCGCAAGGCAGGACAACAAACGGCUAGUGAGGUAUAUGAGGAGGUCUUUGGGGAUAAGGAGAAGUCGUCUCGCAAGAAGUCGAAAAAGGGGAAGAAGGAUUAA